AUGUCUGCAGAGAAGAAAGAUAUCGAGCAACCACAAGAUCUUAACAAGAUCAGAAUCACCUUCACCUCCACCAAUGUCAGAGCAUUGGAAAAGGUUUCUGGCUUAGUCAUCAGAAACGCUAGAAGAGAAGGUAUCAACAAGAAGGGUCCUGUCAGAAUGCCAACCAAGGCGCUCUCCAUUGCAACCAGAAAGACUCCUAAUGGUGAAGGUUCCAAGACCUGGGAACAUUAUGAAAUGAGAAUCCACAAGAGAUACAUUGACUUGGAAGCUCCAUCCACCUUGAUCAAGAAGAUUACUUCCUUGACCAUUGAGCCAGGUGUUGAUGUCGAAGUCACUGUCUCUGUCUAA